AUGGAGAGCUGCUACGAGUGUCAGGUGCGAGCGAUCUCAAUGUAUAAUUUGCAGAAUGAAGGGAAUGAACUCCCGCUUCCCGCAACUCCUCCAGGGCCGUCCCAGUCACCGUGGUACCAGGUGGUGAAUCCGCUACCACCUUCGGUGGACGUCAGGUCGCCGACAUCGGAGCUGUCACCGCUGCACGCCAUGUAUCCUAUGUGGCGGCCAUAUUCACCACCCUGGGCGUUGGUGGAACGACCGCCGACACCACCUCAACUCAGGAUGGAACCGGAGUCUCCCCCACCCUUCAUUCAGUUGGGGACUCCACCCAGGUCGCCUACACCGGUGGAAUGGCUGCCUACAACUCCGCCAGGAAGUCCACCACGGUGUAGGUCACCGAUACCCAGGGUGGAGUCCCCCGAGCCCAGGGUAGAGGAGAGAGAGCCGGCGGGACCUCCACCAGAGGCGCAGCCACCGCCCGCUCACGGUCGGCGUCGCUGCCAUCGACGGCGGCGCAAAUUGUUACGACUGCGUUAG